AUGUCCUGUCCAGAGAUUUUACCUGACCACGUUCUGAGCCUCUUGAAGACCUCAAAAUACCUCCACUUGGCUACUUGUUCCAAGCCGGAAUGCAUCCCAUCGGUGUCGCUUAUGAACUACACCUACAUUUCCCCCGACAGAGUAUACGUGCCGAAGGGGGCAGAGCAUUCGAGCUCUGACAGGUGCCACUUCAUCAUCAUGGCCACCCAGAGAGAUACAGAAAAGUACGAAAACAUCAUUCAAAACCCACAGGUUUCGGUUCUGAUCCACGACUGGGUUACUGCUAAGAAGCUUUCCUUGCGGAAGAGUAGCAUGUCCAACACCCCAACGCCUGCUGAGCCCGCACAAGUUGAUCCAGAGCAACAAAAUCCGGACCACCCUAGUAGGCUGCUCAAUUUGCUCCAGGAGUUGAAUCAGUCAGAGCUUUCGCAGAUGAGCGCCACGCUACGUGGCUACGCAGAGCAUUUGGACACAUCGAGCGAUGAGUUCGACUAUUACGAAAAGGAGUUGCUCAAAGCGAACCCUGAUGCCCGUGUUUACACAAGAGGCGAAAAUGUCUCAGUCGUUAAAGUUAAACUUGUGAAUGCAAAAGUUUCUGACCGUGAAAACAACACAAAAUUCUACGAUUAA